AUGUAUAUGUUUAGUUUGCAUGUGUUUACUUUGUUAUCCGUGUCUUUUAUUGUUUCUAUCUUAUGUAGUAGAGGGAAUCAGCUUUUAGAAUUUAAGAAUUGUGUAGCUUCUUGCGUUACAUUAAAUUGCAAAAAGGAUGCUCCUACACAGUUGAUUCAUGGUAGUCUCUCAAUUAUUUUAAGAAUAGGGAUGUGGAAUUGUCAAAGUGAAUGUGAUUAUUCAUGUCAAAGAAUUGUAACAUUGUAUAGAAAAAGAAAUGGAUUACGAGAAGAACAGUUUUGGGGUAAAUGGUAUUUCGUUAGAAUAUUUGGUAUGCAGGAGCCUGCAAGUGUACUCUUUUCUAUAUUAAAUGGUUAUGUUCAUUAUCUUGGUUUUCAUUGGAUAAAAUUAUUGAUUCCUUCUAAUUAUAUGUUAAAAAAAUUUUAUAUUAUAUAUUCAAUUUUAGGGCUAAAUGCGUGGUUUUGGAGUGCUAUUUUCCAUAUGAGGGAUUUCAAAUUUACUGAAAGGGCUGACUAUUUCUCUGCUGGUGCAUUAACUUUGUGGAGUUUUUUUUUUACUCCAAUUAGGAUUUUUCGAUUAGAUCGUUAUAGAAACUAUAAUUUUUUUGUUUACUUAUGGGCAUUUGUUUGUAUAUCUGCUUUUUUAGUUCAUAUUAUGUAUUUAUCUUUUGUGGAAUUUAACUAUUCAUAUAAUAUGUUUGCUAAUAUAUUUGUUGGGUUCUGUCAGAAUAUUCUGUGGGUAUAUUAUUCUUUAUCGAACUAUGGUUCUCGAUCUUUUGCUUUGUGGCCUUUGUAUAUUGUAUGUGCUAUUACAAUUGCUAUGUGUUUGGAAUUUUUUGAUUUUCCUCCUAUUUUAUAUUUGUUUGAUGCACAUAGUUUAUGGCAUAUGGCAACUGUUCCUAUUAUAUAUUAUUGGUAUAAAUUUUUGAUUUUAGAUAGUAAUUUUGAGUCCAAAAAUUUUAAAAUUAUAUUCGAAUGA